CAAACGUGAUUUCUUUGUUUAGAUCUUCACCUUGCUGCUGAGCUUGGGAAGACAUUACUGGACCGCAACACUGAACUAGAAGAAUCUUUACAGCAAAUGUAUGCAACAAAUCAGGAACAACUGCAGGAGAUAGAGUACCUCACAAAGCAAGUGGAACUCUUGCGUCAGAUGAAUGAUCAGCAUGCAAAAGUCUAUGAACAGCUGGAUGUGACAGCAAGAGAACUAGAAGACACUAAUCAAAAACUAGUUGCGGAGAGUAGAGCUUCACAACAAAAGAUAUUAAGCUUGACAGAGACUAUUGAAAAUCUGCAAACGCACAUAGAUGACCUGCAACGACAAGUAGAAGAACUGAAAAAGUCUGGACGAGUCCGGAUGAACCAUGAGAGAUCUGACCAGCCAAGAUCAAUGCAUAGUUUUUCAUGUUUGAAGGAGCUGUAUGACCUUCGCCAGUAUUUUGUUUAUGAUCAUGUGUUUGCAGAAAAGAUUACUUCGAUGGAUAGUCAGCUAAGUCCUCUAGAAGAAGAAAAUGAGAACUUAAAAAAGGCAGUUACAGUUCUGCAAGCCCAACUUAACCUAGAAAAAGAGAAGAGGGUAACAAUGGAAGAGGAAUAUAGUCUUAUGGUGAAAGAGAACUGUGACCUUGAACAGAGGCUUGUUGAUACAGACUUGUAUCGCGCUCGUGCAGAGGAGUUAGAAGCAGAAGUAGCUGAAAUGAGACAAAUCCUUCAGUCUGAAAACACACUCCAUAAUGCAGAGAAAUUGGUGCCGGAAUCCUUUUUCAUUUCAUUCAAGGAAUCUUUAGAAAGGGAGCUUGGUCAGAGCCCGGCAGAUGAUGAACUUCUGACUGUAUCGGAGCAUGAGAAGAAGGCACUGAAGCGGAGCAGCAGCGAAUCUUUCCUAAGCAGUGCUGCAGGGGGAGACAUCCUAAGGGGCCACGAAGAAACGUGUAUUAGGAGAGCUGAAGCUGUGAAGCAGCGAGGAAUCUCUGUACUUAAUGAAGUUGAUGCACAGUAUAAUGCUCUGAAAGUGAAGUAUGAGGAACUUUUGAAGAAGUGUCAAAUGGAUGAAGAUUCUUUGAAACACAAGGCUGUACAAACACUGAAGCAGUAUUCCAAAGACCUACAUGUGGGCAAUACCCAGUGUGAUCUUUCAGCUAGCAAUCAAGAAUUUGCAAAUGUGGAGCUAAGUGACUCUCCUACAAAUGCUCUUCCCGAAUAUAAAGCACUCUUCAAGGAAAUUUUUAGUUGUAUCAGAAAAACAAAGGAAGAAAUAGAUGAACACAGAGCUAAGUACAAGUCCCUCUCCUCUCAGCCAUAACAUUGGACAUGCUGGUGAUGAGUUUUCUGUUGAUGACUGAUCUGCUAGUCAAGAAGGGGAAAACGUUUAUAUGAGUGUCAGAAGACCCCUUAUACUGAUGUAUUUCUUGAGCACUCAAAAUGAAUGUUUUGAAUUGGCUUGUAGACCUGUAGUUAACAAGCUAGUUAGUUAACAGCUAGUCUCCCUGUACCUAUGUAGCAAUAGAUUGAAUGUUGUUUAGCACUGUCACACAAACUAGUGGUUGUAAACAAGUGUCAUAGUUUAAUAUUACAUUACUACUUCUCGCUACACUUAGUCUCUGGCCAGAGCUGUAACUGACACUGGUUUCCUUAGUCUACUUCAAAAAAGAGCUAAGAGAUCUGUGCUGUAUUUCUCACAAGGAACUAAACACAAGACUACGGCUUCCUUUGGUUCGCAAUGACGAUCUAGCCCUCCACACCGUGGAUGUAGAAAAUGACCACAAAUCAAGCCCCUGACUGCUCUUGGGGCAGCCUCUCCUCGAGUCUCAAGCAUGAAGCUGGCAGUCUAGCUGAACUUGCUUUGAUAGGAAGGUGGAGAGCUGGCACAGCAGCUGCACUGUGCUUGGGUUAAGUUAAUACCAUGUUUUCACAUGCACUAAGGUCUCCCACAGAUUAGUAUAAAUGUUGUCCUACUAAGAAAGGAUUUGAUGUAAAGUUUGUGUGGCUGUUUAGGUAUGGUUUCUUAUGUAGGGCACUUUGUCUUAAGGCAAGAUACUGUGAAUUGAUUGAUGUGUGUUAUUUGGGACCUACUGUUCUUUGGUGGAAUGUCUGCAAAAUACAUUUUUAUGUGUAUUGGUAAGAUAGAAAGUUGCAGUUUAGCUAUUUAACUUUAGUAGUAGCAUUGACAUAGUGGAAUAGCUUUUAAUCUUACAUACCACAAACUCCUGAGUGCUGGAAGGAGAUGGGCCAGGUAAAACCUGAGCGUAUUGUUUUGUCUAUUGCUUCCAGUGUCAGCUUGUGUGGACCUAUUCCAUGCUGCCUGGAGGUGGGGGGAUGGACACAACACUGCCAGAACAUACCCUACUGCAGACAGGGAUCAGCUCUUGUUCUUCCUCUCUUCCUCCACUCCCUACUUAUAAUUCCUAUGUAUUCUGAAAAACAAAGAACAGGGAGAAGUAUGUUUUUUUUAAAACUGCUUCAAAGUGUGAGGAAAACAAAGGCUGAGAGGUAAAGGGGGGGG